AUGGACAACAUCAACAAGAGCAUUGCCUCGAGCAUGGCCAACUCGGGCUCCUCCGCGCCGGCCCCCUCCUCGUCCAACUGCAGCCUGCCCAUGCUUGAGGCCGCCAUGAAGGCCACCAAGAUCAGCCCUCGCAGCUGCCUCAAGCCAGCCACGCGGAGCCCGGGCCGCGUCGGCAAAGCAAAGCCCACCAAGCGCGCCAGCUUCGUCUCUGACGACUCCCUCCUGAAAUGCCUAGUCACCGGCGCCCACAUCCUGCCAAUUGCCCAAACUCAUGAGAGGCAUGAAGAGUUUUCCGCUCGCGCCAACGAAGUGGCCAAGCAGCGCGAGGAAGCCGAGGAAGCUAGGCGUCUCGCUCGCGAGGCCGGAAUCGAGGGCUCAGACUCCGACUCUGACUCUGACGACGCCAACAACAACUACCUGCUGUUCACCGCUCGCGAGGAGAGCCGCGAUGACGACGGGUGGGACCGGGACGGCGUCUAUGCCGCCAUGAUUGAGAGACGCUUACGAGAGGCUGAUAGAGCGCGCCAAAAUCUGGACAUGACUGCCAUUGCCAGCGGCGCAGUCGACUUUGCGCUGUACGUGACGCGCAGCCAGAGCUUGGUCGAAUUUCUGGAGGGACUGGUCCUUGAAUACAGACUGGCGGUACAGGUGGGCAGCUACAACGGUGACGAGCGCCGCUACUCCUCUGCUCAAGGCUACGCCGUUACGCAGCUGCCUGCUGAGCUCUAUCAAAACGUCUACACCGCCAUGUCGUGCAUUCGCAGGCCACCGGUGACUAUGACUUUUCCAGUCGUCUCGCGCAGCUGGAGUUGA